AUGACAUGCUCAACUGAUAUAGUAAAUCGAAAAGGAUCUCAAGAAGAAAGCAAAUCAAAUGAUAGAGACGAAGAGCAAGAAGAGCCACCCAAACUUCAACAAAGUGGAGAACAGGAAGACCAAGAUGAAGAAGAUGCAGCGUUAACCACUAGAGUUAAUAUCAGUACCUCAUUGGAAUAUAACCCUCUUCUGUGAUUCAGAGAGGAAGAGAAGAAGCAAGAAGAAGAUAAAUGCACCAUAGUUGAGCGAACUAAGUUGAUGAAGCACCUUGGAGACUUAGAACAAACUCAGAUUGACUUAAAAAAUCUCAAAUCUAUCUAUGACAGCAGCUCUCUCAUUUCAGAUGAAAAGGGAAGAAGGAUGCAUCAGCUUGUAUGUAUCACAAUGUACAAUGAGCCAUACCUCCAAAUUUUCCAGACUCUGGUGGGUAUCUACAGGAACUAUUAUGAGCUACUCGAGAUAGACAAACAGUUUAGGGACAGGUUGGCCAUCGUGAUUAUAUGUGACGGCUAUCAAAUUUUUACAAAGGAAACUGAAGAGACUCCCUUGCAGAACUGGCAGAGAUAUCAAAUGGCGGGUCUUUAUGACCCCGAAUUUACUAAGAGCUAUUUGAAAACCCCCGAUGAGAAGGAUUCAGACAAGUCUCCAGAGUACAUGAAUAUCGAAGCUCUGAAGAACUGACAAGGACUAAGGGACAGCAACAAAUAUUAUGAUCUUGAGACAUCAAACCUAGCACAUUGAUAUUCAAGAUCAAUGUAUAUUGGAAAUUUUCUCCAAGGACUUACUGACUCUGAGAGGAAGAAACUUAAAGUUGACGAGUUGCUUUCACUCGAUUUUUUGUUUGGCAAUCAAACCACGACAAAAAUAACAACUUAUCAAUACGAAGCUGAGACUUUUCAGUGCUAUUUUCUGCUGGUAAAAUCUGAAAGGAGUGUUUUUUCAAAAAAAUAUCCUAUAAAUCUCUGAAUUUUCACAAAUAUUUUACAUUUUUAUCUAAAAAUUUGUUUAUUUUCAGUAAAGUUUUGGUUACGUUAUGAAAUAUCUUCACACAUUUCAUCUAGAUCUAUGCCUAUUGAUGUGCACUUGGUGAUCAAACAUCGCAAUAUGGGUAAAAUUGAGUCCCACCUGUGGUUCUUCAAAGGCUUCUGCAACACUCUAAAUCCUGAAAUUACCACUAUUCUUGAUGCAGGAACAAUCCCAAUGUGGAAAUCAAUCUCUCACAUGACCAUGUAUAUGGAGUUGUACAAAGAUGUUGGAGCAGUGUGAGGAGAGAUUGAGGUCAUACUCACUGAGAAAAAUGAUGAUGGCAAGGAAGUCACCUUCUUCCAAAGCGUUCUUCUCAGAUCCCAGUAUGGGGAGUACAAACUCUCCCAUUACCUCGACAAAGCUGCUGAGUCUUUUUUUGGUUACAUCUCUGUGCUGCCUGGUGCCUUCAGUAUGUUCAGGUGGGAAUGAAUUAAAGAAGAGCCACUCGAAGAGUUCUUAAAAGGGACUUCUAUUUCUGAUCCAUCAAAGCCGUAUCCAAGUUGCUGGGAAGGAAACAAGUUUUUGGCAGAGGACCGUAUCAUGCCGAUGGAGAUCAUCUCAAAGAAAAACGAAAAUUUUGUCAUCAAAUAUGUGCCUGGUUGUAAAGCCAAAACAGAUGCUCCUAAUAACUUUAUUACACUAAUAAAGCAAAGAAGGAGGUGGUUCAAUGGCUCAUUGUUUGCCACAUUAUAUGUUUUCACUCGAAUUAUGAAAGUGAAGAAUAGAAAACGUGAUAAAUGAUGAUUCUGGGAUAUUCUGAUCUAUUGGCUCUUCUUCAUUUACAUGUUUCUAAACACGCUCUUAGGACUUCUCAUAGUUGGGCUUCACUAUGCCACAUAUAGUAUCUUUGUAAGGUCAAUCUUCUAUGGCUCAAAGUGAAAUGAUGUGUUUGUUAUGGCUAACUUUUUGGAGUACCUCUACUUAGCCUUCCUAUUUUUCAUUUUCUUAUUCAGUAUUUGCAUCAGAUUGGAAUACUGCAGGGAAUAUUUUAAAGGCAUUGCCGCAUUCAUGGGAUUCUUCUCAUUUAUGAUGACCAUUGUGGUUCUUGCAGUUGCUAUGAAUCUCAAGCUUAGUGAAGGAGUAUAUAUAGCAAUCGCCGGCUUGGUCUGAACUUAUCUAUUCCCAAUGGUGCUCAAUUUUUCAGAUUUAAAACUGAUGGAUUUUAUUAAGGGAACAAUCUACAUCUUUUUCAUGAUCCCGACUUAUAUCAAUAUUAUGACAAUUUAUUCAAUAGCGAAUAUUCAUGAUGUCACUUGGGGCUCUAGAGGUUCGUCUGAGGGCUUUAAAUCUGAAAGCAAAAGAGAUCGUGCUCAAAGAAUAGAUUACGAAAACUUUCGCUUCUACUGUCUCUUGAUUUGGAGUGCUUGAAAUGCUAUUUUCAGUAGAUCCAUUAUCUACCUUUCUCAAGAGAAUGAGCAAGGAUCCCUAUCCAUAAUUGUUACCAUCUUUGGCGCCCUGAUUGUGGCCAAGCUGGUCUUCUCUUUUAUAUAUCAGAUGCAUUUCAAACGAAUCAGGUCUAAACUCAGAAAGAAUAUUAAGAAGCUAACAAAGGAAUCAGGGUAUAAACAUAAGGUUGGAGAAUAUAUAGAAUCUAGCUAA